AUGUAUGAAUUUCUAAUGGAAACUGACAGUGACGAAGAUAAUGAAAUUCAGGAUUUAGAACAAUUAAAUGCAGUAUUAAUCGACGAUGGACCUCCUAGCGCAUCAGCUUCUCAUUGCUCGAUGUCAUACAGUGUGUGUACUGGCGACUAUGAGGAAUAUUCCAAAAUAGAGGCUGCUUUGGCCCUUAAUAAAAUGUGCGAUGAUAAACUGAAGAGAUUAGAAAAAAUACUACAGAAUCGCCUCCGUGAAUGCUGGGAUAAACUCAAUGAAAUUAAAAACUUAGAUAAAGAUCUUUCUGACAGACAGGACAGACAAGAAGUGUUCCGUUAUGUUAAUUGCGGUAAACCAUACUUUAAAGAUAGAUGCUUUUUCCCAGCCCCUGAUAACGAGGAUACAAUAUUAAUGGUUAAGUCUGGAAUGUAUGAUUUUUCAAACAUAGCUUCCAUUGCUGGUUGGACUGUUAAAGACAAAAGUCAAUUUUUAGUUGUAUUGCAAAAACUUUCCCAAACUCUUAAAAAGAAUGAGAUAAAAUCUAAAAUAGCAGAGUUAAAACGUGAAAGUAAAGUUAAUGAAACAAAGAAAAAUGUCAGAAUGAUUGCCGCUUUAAAUAGAGAUAUGGAUAGAAUCAAUAAAAUGGCUUUAAAGGAUCUAGCUUUACCCAUCGACCAAGAGUAUGAUUGGGACUUUGUAGCCCAUAAAUUGAAUUUCAGACACAGCGCACAAGAGUAUCGAUCACUUUGGAAGUUAUUCCUCCAUCCAAGUAUCAAUAAGAGCCCGUGGAAUAAAACAGAACACACAUUACUACAAAAAAUAGUGAUAGAAGAGAAUCUUGUUAAUUGGGAUACAAUAGCAUUAAAAUUAGGCACUAGACGCACUAGUUAUCAGUGCUUUGUAUAUUUCAGAACAAAUAUGAGCAAUACAUUCACAGGUAUGAAAUGGACUAAGGAGGAAGAGGAAUAUCUCAAAAGGUUAAUUGAUUACUACAAACACGAUAACUACAUCCCUUGGGGUAAAGUUGCAUCAUCUAUGGAGAAUAGGACUAAGAUUCAGAUUUAUAACAAAUUUUUACGAUUAGAGGAACACAGGAAAGGCAGGUUUAUGCCCGAAGAAGACGCUGUUAUAUUGACAGGCGUUGAUAGUUUCGGACAAGACUAUAAGAAAAUCUCAAAAUACCUUCCAGGAAGAUCUGCGGCCCAGAUAAGAGUUAGAUAUCAAGUGUUAGCUAAGAAACGAAUUUCGGCUGUUUGGACAGUGGACGAGGAUAGAAAACUAGUGCAAUUAAUGGCAAAUCAAGAUUCAAACAUUAAUUAUUCAACUCUAGUUCCGUAUUUCGAAGGAAAAGAUAGGUUCCAUUUGAGAUCACGAUAUUUGACGUUAACUAAGUGGAUGCGACUGCAUCCAAAUCAGGAUAUAGCUUUAGCGCCCAGACGAGGAGCCCGACGCUUAGGUCACGGCCAAUCAUCUGAUGACCUGAAUUCAGCCAUUGAAAGUUUAAAAACGAAGAUUCAAUCAGAACUCACAGACAAUAAGAAGAAAAAGGUCACCAAAGAUUCCCCCGAAAAUGUUAUUGAAGAUGCAAUUAUUGCUACGCUUCUUACGGAAAAUGCUAGAUUAGAAGAAGCUAGGAAAGGUCACACGUCUUACGAUACACAGAAUAGUAAUGAACAAAGAAAUAGAACAAGCAAUGAUUACAAUCUAUCAAGUUUGAAGAAGGUUUUAAUUUUACUACGCUCGCAGUUAAAUAAAAAGAAAUUCAUUCAAAAGGGCGAUCCUAGGUAUAAAGGUUUGAUUGAAUCAGAAAAUGACAUUUAUUCUGUAAGAGUUAAAUCUUAUUCUAAGGAGAAUAUAAAAAAGAAUAAUGUUAAUGCUAAUUCUAAACCCGAUAUUUGGGGUGAAGUUUGUCUCGGUCCGUUAGAACAUGUCUUUCCACCACAUUAUGCGACGAUAACUGGUUGUAGGAAACUUAUGUCCUAUUUAAGCAGCAAACCCAAUAGGGACGACACUUUUAACUUGCAGAAGAUACUUAGAAAAAACGUUAUUCUUAAAGAACAAUUACUUCUUUUAAUGGAACGUUUUAAUGCUUUAUUUCUUUGGCCCCUUCUUUUAUCCAACACUCUUCCAGAGCCAUUCGCAUCAAUAGAAAAUGAUAAAUCUUUAAUAGAAAAAGACAUUAAAAUCUUUGAGGACGAUAAGAGUUAG